AUGACCUCCAUGUUCAGUCAAUGGCGCACUUUGGUUGUGUUCAGUACGAUUCAUCAUGACAUCAUUGAUUGGCCGAAGAGAUUGCAUAUAGCCAUUGGAGCUGCACAAGAUUUAUGUUACCUGUAUAACGAUUGCUCGCCUCCUAUUGUUCACCGAGACGUGAAAGCAAGUAACAUUCUUUUGGAUUCACAAUUCAACACUAAAGUUGCUGAUUUUGGUCUCGCCAAGAUACUGAUCAAACCAGAAGAACUUGCCACCAUGUCAGCUGUGGCUGGCACAUUUGGAUAUAUUGCUCCAGAAUAUGCUCAAUCAAUUAGAGUUAACGAGAAGAUAGAUGUUUACAGCUUUGGAGCAGUUCUAUUGGAACUGACAACUGGAAAAGAAGUUAAUCCUGGAUACGAAUACUUGUCGCUUGCAGAAUAG